UGAGAAGAUUAAACCUGUGCAACUCAGCAUACCAAGAUAUUUUGGACAAUGCUUUACUCUAGCUAUGGGAUCAGUUUCAGGAAGGUUGUCUUCUGUUCCAGCAUGAUUUUGCCUCAGUGCACAAAGCAAGGUCCAGAAAGACAUGGCUGGAUGAGUCUGGUGUGGAUGAACAUUACAGAUCACAAAUGCAUAACUGGAUGAAUAAGCAAAAAUGCUUGUUUGAGACAUGACUACAAAUGGAAUGUUAAUUCGGUAGAUGAUUUUCAUUCCUCUCCUGUGGUGAGACGUUGAGCAUGGAAAAGUCAUCCAUUUAUCCCAAAAUGACUUUGUUAAUGUCUCAACGAGCCCGACCCACUAUUGGGACUUUGCUCCUAUAAGAAAGUUUCCAUAUACUGUAGGACCAAAGAUCCAGGUUUGAUAACUAAACACAUGAUAAAGACUGAUUUUGAACAUUCAGCUAACUGUGAAGAUUUUGAAUUCAGUUGGUCCAUCAGACCAGGAAAGUCGUCUACCCAAGUGAAUUAAACAACAAAGAAAAUACACACAGAUCAAGACGCUAUUGAACAACAAUGUCCUUCAUGAAAGACAUCACUCCAUUGGUGAGGAACAAUUUUCUCUCUGGAAUUGAUGUUUUAUCGAGACGUGCGGCACAGAUCACAGUUGAAAUACAACAGGGUGAGAGAACAAACUAUAACAAGGUGCUUGAUUUGUCUUCUGGAGAUCUGCACAGAGGAGGAAUAAAACCCAUCACCUUUGUUCGUCAAGUCCUUGCUGCCUGCUUCUAUCCAGCCCUUUUGGAGGAUGACAGUCUGCCUUUAGAUGUUAAACAAAGGGCCGAAAUUCUCCUAAGUGAAUGUGAUGGUGGAAGCAUAGGCUCAUAUACAGAUUCAAGCGGAAUUGCCAAAAUUAAACUCUGCGUGUCUCAGUAUAUUACCAGGAGAGAUGGAGGAGUUCCUUCCUCACCCGACAACAUCUUCAUCAAGUCUGGGUCACAGACGGCUCUCAUGAUUAUGCUGAAGCUGCUGAUUCGUAGCAAGGACUCAUGUCAGACUGGUGUACUCAUACCUGUACCCACAUACGCUUCAUUUACUCUUGCUCUGGAAGAACAGGGAGCUGCCAUAAUACCGUACCAUUUGUGUGAGGAGCAGGGCUGGACGCUGCAUGUGGAAGAGCUUCGCAAGGCACUUCAUACAGGCAGAAAGACCUGCAAUCCAGUCGCACUUUAUAUCUGCAACCCAGGAAAUCCAACUGGUCACAUGCAGAGUAGGAAAUCAAUAGAAGAAGUGAUCCGCUUCGCUGCAGAAGAAAAGCUGUUUAUACUGGCUGAUGAGGUGUAUCAGAGCUGUGUGUAUGGAGAUGACACUGAGUUUUAUUCCUAUAAGAAGGUGUUAUCAGAAAUGGGCUCUACUAUUUCCAGCACUGUGGAACUGGCCUCCUUCAAUUCUGUUUCUAAGGGCUUCAUGGGAGAGUGUGGGCUUCGCGGAGGCUACGUGGAGCUGGUGAAUCUCGACCCUGCGGUGAAGGAAUACGCUCGAAGACUUUUUUCCACUAGGUCCUGCCCACCUGUUAUUGGACAAAUUGCACUUGACCUCAUGGCAGAUCCUCCAAAACCUGGCGAUCCUUCAUUCCCCACCUUCUCUGAGGAGGCCCAGUCCAUAAAAAAUAUGAUAUGUAAAAACACUGGUCGGAUUCAGGAGGUAUUUUCUGAGCUGCCGGGGAUCAGCUGCCAGCCGCUGAAGGCUGGCUUUUUUGUCUUCCCCUGUCUACACUUCCCUCCGAAGGCAAUAAAAUGGGCCAAGAAAAGACAGAUGGAACCAGACAUGCUGUACUGUUUGCAUUUGCUGGAGGAAACCGGACUGCAUGUGAGGCCAGGUUGUGAAUACGGACAGAGAAAGGAUAGCCAUCACAUCAGGCUUUUUGUGGCAACUCAACAGAACAUAAUGGAAGAUGCUCUGCAAAGGCUGAAGACGUUCCACAUGCGAUUCAUGAAGGAGUUUUCUUAGUGUCAUCUUUAGAUUAUCAGAUCUUUUUAAUCCUUGAAUGCAUACAUGUUUCACAAAUCAGACCUGUAAUGAUCUCUAAACUGCCCCAAUAGUAUUAAACUGUCCUGAUAUUUUAAUUACAAUUGCAAAGUGGAAAAAUAAAGCAUGUUUCAUUACCUGUGGCACUUAUGGCUGCUUUUGUGCUUCUGGUACACAUAUCUAGGCAACCUGUACUGGUUUUUAGUCAGGUUUUAGUUAAUUAAAACUUGGC